AGUAGGUGUUACUCUAUGCCCUGUUAGGCCCUGUUAUGCCCCGUACUAAGACCUGCAGCUUGUAUGACUUGCACUACGGACUGAGACACUCGAACAGCAAACAUCUCGGCAGUAACUCCAGCUCACAGCAUGUCUAAUUAUUGAGUGCAUGAGAAGAUUGUGUACAGGCAGUCUGAGUGUUCAGCAUCAACUGGCAGAUAUACAGCGUAUACACUGGUGGAUAUACAGCGUAUACAACAGUAUCUAACCAGUGCCGUAUCCCGCAAGUCAUCAGUGUUUAGAUCGUUUGUUUAUAGACCUGUGUCUGUUACAAUGGGAGUUGAGGCUGGGCCGAGCUGGAAUAACUCUGGGAUACCUGGCUGUAAUCACCUGGGUCUGGUCAGUGGUGAUGCUACCCCUGGUGGAUAUUCAGUUGGUGUGUUACGGAGCCUGUGUUUACUGUCGGUGUAAAUACGGCUGACUACAAAACAGCUGUCUUCAGUACUGGAACACAUAAAACUGAUUGGUUUCAGAUAUCUGUGAGUUACGAUUAUUCAAGCUGCAGAGACAAUCAGUUAACAGGUUUCUUCAGAGGAGAUUAGUUCUGAGGACAUUAGUUCGAGGACAGUACUUCUAUGGACAUUACUUCUAAGGACACACCUGAGGACAUUACUUCUGGGGACGUUUGUGCCAGCUGCUUAGAGAGUGUGUGUACUGUCAAUUAGGCACUCACCUGUUCCGGGUCAUGCAGGUUCUCAGUGUUUGUUUAUAUUAUUCUUGGUGCCACGUAAAGUAGUGUAAUCUAAGCACUAGGGCACUGGUGUUGGUACAUAGCAAAUGAAGUAUCAGUUUACAAACAUUUCAGUACUCCCACCAUCUGACAGUCGAAGGAUAAGUGGUCACAGUUGACUGGACAGUUGGGCAUUCAGUAGGGUGGUGUUUAUGUCCUUCAAACAGCGUUGACCGUCCACAUAACGAUUAGCUGAGAGGAGUCUUCACAGCUAGGAUCGUAAUAUCCCGAUCUGGUAUUUAUUUGCAGUCAGUUGGUAUAUCGGCUAACUAGUAUUGAUCACUUGGAUCUAUGAAGAUGGAUAUUGAGUGUUCCAAUCAUAGGAAAUUGUGUGGUACCGAUCACUGCUAGAUGACGUAAUGGAUAUACCACUACUAGUUUGGGGGGUAGUAGGAUUGGGCUCCGGUGGAUGGAUCCACAUUGAUCAAGAUUAAAAAUUCAGAUUUCUUGUGAAAGUAGACUUUGUUGGCUGUGUGUGGGAAUCCAUGGAUAGACUGUUGGAACAGUGAAUCAAUAGCGAGGUGUUCUGCAGACAGUUACUCUCAUCUACUGACAGAACGGCACAGCUCAGACCUCUUCGGAGCGUUUACAAUCAGUGGAAAUAUCACAACUCUCCAACACAAACAGUAUCAUUGGAUUUGCUAUGACUUACUUUGAUGUGCUUAAGCCAUGAUGGUUUACAGUUGAGGAAUAACGUGUGGACUUUUUGAGAAACGGUGUUGUCACAUUUACCAGCAUGAAUUUCCUUGGAUUUGAACGUCCCCGUCUACGACGGAAAUCGUAUGCAGCCCCCGGGACCCUGUAUGAUAUUCCUGAUACUGACAAACCUGUUGAUUUUUACCAGGAACAAAUGCUGAUAAAGACCCAGAAAAACCAGCGGAGACGGGGCUCCGUCCCCGCCCGGACUACGGACCUAAGUGCCUUUGCGAUGCCUCUCCUAGACUCCGAUGUGGCAGAUGGGAGUAUGAUGGAUGUAGACCAAGACUUCCGUCCCCGAGCGGGAUCCACAGGUCUCAAAAGCCUGCUCAGCGGGAAAACUAGGCAACGAAACAAAUCGGGGGAAGACAGCAAAAGUGGUUCUCCCACAACAUCUUCAAAAGUGAAAAACUUUUUUGAUAAUUUUCGUCCACGUUCCAAAUCGGAUGUGUCUGGUAUGAAAAAGCCUGGGAAAAAGCAUGCAGUAGCAAUGGAACGUUCAAUGGACGAGUCGCAGCUUCAUGUACACGGAGUUACCCCGACAAUGUUAGCCCCACGGGGCCCUGCAGACCCUAUAUCCCCCCAUGGGGCAGAUCUUGGAGGGACAAAUGCUGGAUGCUAAAGGGGACAGAGCCAGGCAUAAGUCAGGGCCUUCUACCCCUGUUGAACAGUUUAUGAAUAAAUUUCGGACAAGGUCAAAUUCAGAUUCAAGGCCAAGGUCACCAAGGAAAAAGCUAGAGACUCAGAAAAGUUUCAGUCCUCCAAGCAGUCCAUCAUCACUAAGAGACGGGAAGUUAUCGCCCCUCCGGUUCCAGUCCAGCAACGAGCCUAAGUCCGCACCACCCACCAUGGCACGAUCCUUCCAGAAUGACCACUCGCAUGCAAUUAUAUACAAGUCCGACCUCAUGAAGUUAUCAAUGGACUCUGAUGUCGACAAAAUGGAAAUAGAAGAUUUAGAUGAAAACGAGGAACAAGUUUUUGCCAAAUUUAUGCGUGCCCACAAGUGCUAUGAUCUCAUUCCUACGAGUGCAAAGCUGGUCAUAUUUGAUACACAGUUAAACGUUAAGAAAGCAUUUUUUGCGUUGGUGUACAAUGGUGUUCGAGCGGCGCCACUGUGGGACAGUGCGAAACAAGACUAUGUUGGGAUGCUGACAAUUACUGACUUCAUCAAUAUUCUGAAGAUGUACUACAAGUCUCCACUGGUGCGGAUGGAUGAGUUAGAAGAUCACAAGAUUGAGACCUGGAGAGAAGUGCUACGAGACAAGCAGAAGCCAUUUGUGUGCAUCGACCCCGACGCUAGCUUGUACACCGCCGUCAAGACGCUGAUAGAGAACCAUGUUCACCGUCUACCUGUGGUGGACAAGAACACUGGCAAUGCUAUCUACAUCCUCACGCACAAGAGAAUACUGCGCUUCCUACAUCUAUAUAUUCAGGAUCUACCCAAACCCUGCUACAUGUUGAAGAGCAUACGGGAUCUGGGUAUAGGAACAUACGACAACGUCAUUACGACAUCCCAGGACACACCGCUGAUCAAGGCUCUCAACAUGUUCAUGGAUCACCGGAUAUCAGCCUUGCCGGUCGUCGAUGAACAACACAAGGUCGUCGACAUAUAUGCCAAGUUUGAUGUCAUCAACCUGGCAGCGGAGAAGACAUAUAACAACCUUGAUGUGACCAUAGCCCAGGCUCUGCAACAUAGAUGUGAUGGGUUUGAAGGGGUAGCGAAGUGUAUGGAGACAGACACGCUGGGCCAAGUGAUGGACACUAUCGUCAAGGCAGAGGUACAUCGGCUGGUGGUGGUUGAUGUGGAGGAUCAUGUUGUCGGCAUCGUGUCUCUCUCCGAUCUUCUUACAUUCAUAGUUCUCAAACCAAUGGGGGUUGAACCCUCCAAGAAGUCUUGAUAUGCAAAUACUCAGGGGAUCUUUCUGUGAUGAUUGUCAACAAAAGAAGCUAAGCUGGACUCGGCCGACCCGCACGUUACUCGGAACUGCCAAUGGGACUGACAUGGAGGCAGCUGAUUGAGCUGUGAUAUUAAACAUAUCCUCAACAAGCCUCGUCGCCAAAUGGCAACGCCAACACUGUAUUUUGGAACAUCUAAGGAUGGGUUGGUCGAGCUGGACCGAACUGAUUAUUACUAUUAUUCUAUCUGCUGUAGACUGACAGGUACUGUUCGAUCCUUCAAGGCAGCCAGAGCUUUCACAACCCAUCUUAGUCUAGAAUCGGGAUGGGACACGUUAGCUAGUGAGCACUGGUACCAAGAAUACAAGACCAAGCUUGAAAAAUUGUUUGAGGAAAUUGUUAGUUCUUGUUGACAGUGUUUUGUGAAAGGUGUUGAAAGAAAUGACUGCUGUUUUUGAGAUGGGAAAAUGAAAGAUGUGUAAGAGUUGCAGCCUCCCAGAGGAUCGACGAGGUCCGGUUUCAGAACCUACAGCUGCAGCCUCCCAGAGGAUCGAGGAGGUCCGGUUUCAGAACCUACAGUUGUCACAUUGUUUUGUAUGAGAAGCAGCUAGCAAGAUUUGUGAUCUGAAGGAAUGAAAGACCAUACCUUUUUAUUUUUGGUUUUGAUAUUAAACUUAGGACCUUUUUAUCCCUGAAAAAAAUAGAUAUCAAGUUUGCUUGGAAUUCAUGCUUGGGUUGUGAAGGUAAGUCAAGCUCGUUUUGGCUCCAAGUCGUUGUCAAGGAUCUCUUGAAUUUGAGUACUAUUUUGAUUGUGAAUUGUUACAGGACAAAUCAUGGAGCCCAUUCAUCUCUUCAUGUUUGUUCACUUUGUAUAUUGAGUAUUGUUGGGAUGGAAAUUUUAGCAGGAUUGGUUGUACUGUUGUGAUAACGUGUGUCAUACAUAACUAUGCAAGUACAUUGAUUAUAUUAAUGAAGUAAUCAAAACAUUGAUUAGAUGGUAUUGAUAUUAUGGUGACUAGUUUUCAGGGCAUGGUUCAGGGCAUUAAUGACCUGGAGAGGUCAAUGGAGAUGUAGGAGUCCGAUAUGGCGUCGGAUCAGAGACGAAUUUAGGUACUGGUAGCCUUUGAAAUAUUGUUACGAGGUGAGCUUGUUAAUGCAAUAUGUGUGCAUCUCAGAGACAAGAACUUCUGGGGGGUCAGUUGUGUGUCCGCAAGUGUCUUUCCUAGGGAAAUCAUGCUAAAGUUUUCCAAUGACGACUAGUCUGUUGUGAUUUUGUUGAUGAUUGUGUGGUCAGCUGGUGAUGUCAGCCAUUGCAAGUUCAUUUCCAUUGCGGUUAUGGUUUUCACAUGGGCAAAGAUACUUAUUAAACACCAACGUUUGAUUUCUUUUGAAACCUGUCUGAAUUGUACAUUGUGCUCAAAGUAGGGUUUUGCUGGGUAUAGAAACUUGGCCUGAACUCAUUGCUGGAUUUCAAUGGUAAUAUCACAAUCAACUUCUUUCUUUCUUUGUUUUCUUAUCUUCAUCCAAGUUGAAAUGUGUGGAUAAUUUCUUUUCCAUGUGUGUUCAAAUAGGAAAAUCUGAGUUAAAUCCCUUUAAAUCUUGAUUUUGUCCAUUUCUAAUCUUGAUAUGUAACCUGUAAAAUGUGUGAAAAGGGAGACAUUGUCCAAGACAUCUGUAAAAUCUUCAUGUAAUAUUUGAGCUAGCAGACCAAGUGGGAUUUGAAUGACUUGAAUCUAAAGUGCUAGGACAGCAAGUUAUCCCCCUGAAGGAGUGUUAAGGAUAACAUUUUCUGCUAAUGAAUCAGUAGUAAGAUAGAGACCUGUUUGAGACUGACUAGAUGUACUGUGGCUGUAGAGAGUGUACAAAGUGUUGUGUAUAUAUUGAGUAUGUCCAGAGCUAACAGAUGCUAUGUGUGUGUACAGUAAAUGCUUUAAGGUAUAUAACAUGGAUCCCGAGGCUGUUCUCGAUUGAAGUGUAUUUUGUCUCUGUGCUGUUAUGAUCAACACACUGGAACCAUUUCUCGCAUUUGUCAAGAUUGAAUGAGUUGCUAAAAAUUCCACUCAAUUACCCAGUUCUUAGACAAUAAUAUCACCACCUUUUACAAAGCAAUGAGUCGCUAAAAAUAAUUCCUCUGAAAUUACUUUGUUCUUUCUUGAUAGAAACGGGGAAGUGGGGUAGCCCAGUGGAUAGAACUUGUCAUGCUGAAGACCCGGGUUCGAUUCCCUACAUGGGUACAGUGUGUGAAGCCCAUUUUUGGUGUCCCCUGCUAUGAUAUUGCUGGAAUAGUGCCAAAAGCUCUGUAAAAAUAAAUCUCUCGCUUGAUAGAAACACAAAUCUAUAAGCCGUCCCUACCCAUCUUUCAGUCCUGGACUCAAUUAAGUGUAACAAGGCUCAUCAAAGGCCAUGAAUUUGUAAUUAGAUCUAUGGUAAAUUCAAAUUCCAAAGACGUAUUUUAAUUGGUUGAUGAUUUCAGGGUAUAUGUCAUAAUAGAACCGAGGAAUGAUACAGUUGGUAAUUGAGGAUGGUCGUGACUUGCUGGCAGCAAUGCAACCCAGACGUCACGGAAACAACGUGGAGACACAGGAGUGAGUUUGAUGACAUGUGGAGUUGCGUAUCUGCUGUGUUGGUCCAUAUAGUUGUACAGAUCAGAGGAUAGACAAUAUUAUGUUGACAGUUGCCCAGGUUGUCAAUAAAUAAAUUAAUUCUGUACAGUG